AUGAUGGCGGGGGGGUGUAAAGAGCUUCAGGGGGCGGACCCGUCUGGGAGACCAAAGUCUGGGGAAAAGGGAGGUGCCGACAGCUCUCUGUCUACCCGCCCAGCCGGCGACGCCUGUUUGGACCUCGGUUCCAGGGUUGGGGACCUGGAUACCUUAAGGCUGAUCCUAACCGCCCCGGGAGACUCUGGGGAAGCCCGGAGGGAGGAGGAGGAGGAGGAGGGCGGACCACGUCGGUUUCGUAGAAUUGAAAGAACGAUGCCGUGGGAGGAGGGCGUGGCUCCUAGAGUCGGCGGCGGCCGGGUCGGGUCCCUAGAGUGUCCAGUGCUGGACGUAGGGGAGUCUGCCCGCCUCUCGAACGAACCAACAGACUGGGGGAGGGUGGGAGGACAGCUUGGGCAGUGGUACAUCGCCAACAGCUCCGACAUUGGAUCCCUGCUUAACAUGAUCGUGAGCGGCGGCGGCGUCGGCGGCGUUUGA